UGCUCGUCACAGCUGAUGCUCGACUGAGCGCCACACCGCCCACGCGCGUGGACCGCACACUACUGGCUGCUUGUCACCGACAGGCGGACGCGCUUGCGAAUAGAGGCUGCAAACAGACACGCGAUCUAUUGCGCAUUCAUUACGCUCGUGUCUCUCGUUUUCCGCGAAGCAAAAACACGUCGGCACGAUAAACGACGGCGGGCCGACUCCCAGGUACUUCUGCGCAGCGGGAGCAAAGACUUUGCACGCACGCACGCACGCACGAGCGCACGCACGCACGUACGCUCGCACGUUAUAUGGUUGUCGUCAUCUCGCCGGCAUCACUCAGCGGCCGUCCUUGCAGCAGUCGACCUCGUCACGCGCAGCUCGACUGAAGACUACGGCUCCAACGGAAAACAGUGAGCACUGAACGCCGACCACUGUGAAAGAUGAAUCGAGCAGGGGGCACAGCGGUGCUAUUGCUAGCGUUCUGCACGGUCGGCGUCUACUGCCACUUCCCUCUCAUGGACUGCAUUGAAGAGUGCUUCCUGUGUCCCGUGAACGUUGCCCGCGGUAGAGAUCACAUGCAAAUGUGUGCAAACUGGUGCAUAUUGACUGCCGGUAAAAGUGCGGGAUCCGGCUGCCAGGAGAUGCAACAUAACUGGGGCAUCAACAACGAGAAUGUGAUUCCGCCGCUUGAGUUGAAUGCUCUUAAGAAUGAUAUCAGUCCGUCGGCGAGCCGGGAGAAGCGAUCAAACGUGCUACGGUCAGUGUUACGCGGCGUGCGCCGACGACGGCAAGCGGCCGAGACGAAAAGCGAAACUGAACGGGAGUUUGCGCCGUUGGUACCGCAACAAGAGUCAACGCCAAAAGUCACCUCCAACACAGUCGCGGGACGUAGCACGCACAUAGUACAGAGGAGUAGGCGCGCGGAUAUGUACGUCGUCUGCCUCGGUCAGUGCGUGCAAUGCGUUCUGCUAUAUGGCUACGGUACGUAUGACGGGAAAUCGUGCGCCAACGCGUGCGUGCUGAGCGGAGGCGCCAGUGCUGACCCGAACUGUGAGAAUAGUGCUUUCUACAUCAGGUUUCGGUAAUCGGCAUGUAGGCAGAACAAAGGUGGGCUUUCAGCUGUAACCAAUUAAGUGGCUUCUCGGUGAGCUUUGAACUAAUCGUAGAUAUUCAUGUAAUACGGCGCCAAACUCUCCAUGCUUGUGCGCUCACACACGUACGGGCACGCACGCAUGCACAUACGCGCAUGCGCGAAAAGACAUGCAUACACACACACA